AUGUUUGGACCAGGAUCCAAAUGUUUUACGUCCAGAUGUCCCCCCGUCUCUCAGGAGCGCGUGCAGAAGAGUUUUCCUCACCCGAUCGAUAAGUGGGCGAUCGCUGACGCUCAGGCUGCCAUCGAGAAGAGGAAGAGGAGGAACCCUCUGGCCCUGCCCGUCGACAAGAUCCACCCGCUGCUCAAGGAGGUGCUGGGCUAUAAGAUCGACCACCAGGUGUCUGUGUACAUGGUGGCCGUGUUGGAGUACAUCUCUGCUGACAUCCUGAAGCUGGCCGGAAACUACGUCAGGAACAUUCGGCACUACGAGAUCUCGCAGCAGGACAUCACCGUGGCCAUGUGUGCUGACAAGGUGCUGAUGGACAUGUUCCACCAGGAUGAGGAAGACAUCAGCGGCUUCCCUCUGAUGGACGAGGAGCCAUCAGCCAAUGAGGAGCAGAGUUACUACGAGCUGGUGCGGAGCUUCAUGUCUGAGGGCCGCCAGUACCUGAGAACUCUCAACCUGCUGAUCAAGGUGUUCAGAGAGCCAAUCAGCUGCAGCCACAGGCUCUUCUCCCAGCACGAUGUGGACAGUAUCUUCAGCAGGAUCGUAGAUAUCCAUGAGGUGACGGUGAAGCUGUUGGGUUAGCUGUCUGUCUGUAACC